AGAGGCUUCUCCCGCGUAGCAACGACGUCUCUUCCGCCAUUUGCCGCUAGGGGAUAGUAACGCAUGGUUCUAGAAGCUAGAAGGCGUUCAUUUCCCCGAAUUCCUGUUCCCCAGCAGAGAGCCGAGUGCGGAGAAAAAACUAUUUAGUAAUUUCGCGCCGCGAAUCUGUAUACCCAGAUUAUACCUGCGAGCUCGCGUACGAGGACGGGAUUCGAAUAAACAAAUCUCUCGGCCGAUGGACGAAACGUCCGAGAUGGACGGGAGCCCGCAGCCGAUGACGCUCAUCAGCAGCAGCGGCGCCGAGCAGGGCACCUCGACCGUGGUUUACAACCUCCUGACCACGACGACGUCGACUCCGCGGCUCACGCCGACCGGGAAGAUCAGCCACGCGAAGACCCGGGUCUACACGCAGCGCUACAGGAAGGAAUGGGAGCAAAUGCAGGAUUUCAAAGGAUGGCUGACCUCAGUGCAGUUUCAACCGACUCGUGCUUAUUGCACUUAUUGCAAGAAGAAUCUGCACGCACACCGUCUGUCGCUGCUAAAGCAUACGUGCACGAUAAAGCAUCAGCGUGCGGCUCUGUCGUACCAGAUGGAAGAAAAGAAGAAUAUGCGAAAAAUGGAUCCGAACGCGCUCGAAGUGGGCCUCAUCGAGGAAGUUGAGGCCGUGGAUGAUUCUCAAGCAGAAAAAGAUGACGAAAAUGAAGAUGACAUAGAAUAUGUUGUUGAGAGAUUAGACAUGGAUGAGGAAGAAGUACUAGACUCGCAAGAGGUUAAAAUGGAAACUGAACGAAUAAUUGAUGAAGAAGAGGAAGAAAAAGAUAUUAAUGAUUUGUAUACACAGUUGCAAUCCGAUGAUGAGGAGACUAUGAAGCCUGUAAUAAAGAAGGUCAGAUUAUCCAAGCAAAAGUGUCGAGAUACAUUGGCCGAGGCAAUGGCUCAUGUUCAUAGUGAAUAUCUUGAAGAAGAAAUCGAAGAUCAGGAGAAUGUUCAAAUGGAGAUGGAAGUAGAAUCGACUAAUCCAGAUAUAUCUGAUUUAUCUGAUGCAGCGAACAUCAAAGAAACUUCAAAGGAGUUCGAAAAUGAAAAAACGGAAAUUAAAAUUAAUCAAAAAUCGGCAGGAAAGGAGAAUAAAUCUGAUUUGAUUGUAACCUCUUCAUUGCCGGUAUUGGAUGCAACUUAUCACACCAUCUCAUCAACACCAACUCAGUCACCGGUCAAUCUUUUGCCGCUUAUGCCUAAUUUGAAAAGUAACCGGACCAUCACCUUGAUGUGUGGAAAUAAAUCAUUUACAUUAACUGGUGGCACAUUCCAACCGGGCACACAGUAUAUAUUGACGAAGCUGAAAGGCAAGCCGUUGAUGAUGGCUGAUCAGAAAAAGACUGUCGCAGUGUCCGAACCAGAUAAAAUUAAAACAUCGAGUGUGCCUAUCUCCGCCAACAGUCAGCUAUUCCAGCCAUCGGCUGCUCCUAGUACUAGUCAGCAGCCAAUUGUCAGCACUAAUCAACAGUCAACUGCUACCAGUAGCAAAGGGUCGUCACCUAAAAAAGUUGCUUUGGGGAAGCAGCCAAUAAAAUCAACUGCAACAAGAAAGCUGCGUAUCUCCACUUAUGUCUCAGACAAUAUGAAGGGAAAUCCAAUUAGUGGCUUGCAAGUCAGUUUAUAUAAACUAGUGGACGGGAAAUGGACUUUCUUAAAUGAAAGCAAUACAAAUACAGAAGGCUACUGUGUCGAUCUGGUGGAGAACAUAAAGUGUACAAUUGGUCGUUAUAAGAUCCAUUUCGAUGUCGAUAAAUACUUCACACUGAGAAGAAUAGAAACAAUAUAUCCGUUUGUCGAAAUCGUAUUCGAUGUGAAAAAUAUAAACAGUCACUAUCACUUGCCACUUUUGUUGAGUCCGUUUAGUUACACAAUUUAUCGCGGCUCCUAAAGUAUAAUUUUCUUUCUAAAUAUAUUCUUCUAAAGUGUAAAGUUGUAAGAUUUCCUAAUUUGUAUCACGCUUGCAUUGCAAGAAUGUGAUUAUUUUUACAUUAAAUGAAUUUCAUGUUAAUAUACAAUUAUCAUUUAACAUAUAAGAUAAAUAUAAAAAAAUAUAAGGUAUAUAAAGAAUCAAAAAA